AUGAACCCAGCAUUGCUUCCGGGGGAGAGUAGGGCAUGGUUUCGCCGUUCUAGGCGCAGACUUGUGAUUGUUGGCGAUGUACAUGGGUGUAAAGAUGAGUUGGAGAAACUUCUUGUUCAAGUCUCAUUUAACCGUGAAAAGGGUGACCAUCUGAUUUUCACAGGAGACAUAAUCUCAAAGGGCCCGAAGAGCGUUGAAGUAGUGCAACUUGCACGAGAAUACCAUGCUUCCUGUGUCCGGGGGAAUCAUGAAGACAGGGUCCUUCUGACACGCCGGGAGAUUGCAUCACAAUCAUCAAAAUCACCACAUCGCAGAGUAUCCGGUAAUGAGGCAGCAGGAGAAGAAAUUGAAGGUAGUGCUACGAUCAGUUCCAAACACGGGAAACUAGAAGAUAAGGUACAUACACUCGCCCGCCAACUUAGUGGUGAAGACACCGAAUGGCUCGAGUCAUGUCCUGUGAUCCUUAAAGUUGGGAGUAUCAAGGGCAUGGGCGAUGUAGUCGUGGUUCAUGGCGGAUUGCUCCCCGGUGUCCCGCUUGAACGCCAGGAUCCAUCUUCAGUGAUGCAUAUGAGAACGAUUGAUCUAGACACUCAUACCCCUAGCAAUUCUCAAACUGCGGGUACUGCCUGGUCUAAAGUGUUUGAUGAGCAUCAGUCUCGUAUAUCAAAAGAAAAAGGCUCACAGCCCACAACCGUGAUAUACGGCCAUGAUGCGAAAGAUUCCCCCGUCAUACGAAAAUAUACAAAGGGGCUCGACACGUCCUGCGUACGUGGCGGGAAGCUUACAGCCCUGAUUAUUGAAGAUGGUGGGAAGCAACGUUUGAAGCAGGUGAAAUGCAAGGGUUAUGUUUCCUGGAAAUAA